AUGAUUUUAACUCCUUCGAUCGGAUUUGCCUGCUGGGCUGCAUUGUUGUGGUUUUUCUUGCCGAACCUUAGCAGCGCUCGUCGUUCAAGAGAUACGCUGGCCGCAGGUUGGAUUACGAACGUUCGAAGAACUUUGAUCACCCGAGACGAACCUCCGAUAAAUCUUGUUUUCCGAGGAGACAUGAGACCAUUCUACCACGUCAAGCCCGAAGGCGGGUUUUUCCCCCAGGAUCCAAUAUACCCCACUUCCAACAAGCCAUUCAGAAUAGCACUUCAUAUGCGCAACAAAAAACUCCAGAAGACUGCGUUUGUAUCGACAUCACAUAACCCAGAUACAGCGAUUGCGUACGCUAGAGGUAUUGACGAAUCCAGUGGGUUUCUUUAUCUCAUUCACCCUACGCCGAACAUAAUUGACUCGACAACUUCGAAAAUCGGAGAUCUCAUCUAUAACGAGGAAUGUUUAGCACUAGGGGGCAUUUCGUGGUCACAAGUUGUCGGGUGGGUAGGGUACGACGAGUACAAAGCAUGGCAGAAUUUGCGAUCGCCUGACUUGGAGGGACUCUCGUUUUCCGGCAAGAGUCAGCUUACGCCAGCACUUCGCGAACAAUUUAUGAAAGAGAUGCCUCGAAUGACCAAAAAUCCGGACUACCUUGGGGAUCUAUAUGCGACAAGUGAACUUUCAUCCUUAACGGAAACGGUAGACUUUGAAAAUCGGAAGCAAGCAGAAUUAUUCAUGCAGAAGGUCGGCAGCGGUAAGGAUGUUGGAUGGAAGGGCAAAUUUCCGCUGCCAAACGACGUUAGAAAUAACCGACUCCUGGCUAAGUUGCGCAAGAUGCCCGAGCUACUUCAAAACGGCGAUAGCAAUAACGGUGCCCCAGGCCGCAAACGCCCCAAUAUCGAUAGGGAGCCACAGUCGAGUGACAGUCGCAUCCUGGAAGAUUCUCUGGGAACUUUCAACCCGUGCUCAUUAGGAAGCCGGAAGAGAAGCGGGGAGUGCCAACCAAAGGAUAAGCUCGUCGAGCCCGAGGAACCCGUUAGUCCAAGUACGAGGCGCGUUAACGUCCCAGAGGAGAUUCCGAAAACGCCAGUAGAAAUGUUAGUACCUAAGCUGGUUAAGGGCCUCAGUUGGCUUCAAGUCGCGAGGAUCUUAACCAAUAUAGUAGAUUCCGCUACCAAUCGUAUACAGGCAGCCCCAUUAGACGACAGUCACGAAACGUUAUCAUCAGAACUCAAGAAGGCUGGAAUGGUACUAUCUGGUAUACUUAACGAUACAGUUCCCGGCUUAGUAGAGGUCGAAGAUCAUACAGCAGAGCUAAGUCGGAAGCUGGCAUCGAUCCAAAAUAGCGAUUCAGCUCUCGAUAAAGCGCGAUCAGUCCUGACGGCAAUUCUCGAAUACGACGCCCAAUUAGAGCUAACAAUAUUUGAAAACUACAUACCGGGCGUUCCCGAGUUGAUAAAAAACUACCAAAAGGAAUAUGCGGAAUAUAAGAAGUUUAAAGGAGAAGAGAACCCAUUCGCAAAGGGCAAACGAAUUGCAGAGUAUAUCACAAAUGGGGCCUUCGAUACCCUUAACGACGUAAUCCGAGAUUGGGUCCCCGGCUAUCAGGAAGCCGAAGAUAGCAUAACAAUCGAAGCAGAAAAGAUACAUCGAAAGAUCGAGGAUAAGUCAGAAAGCUUUUGGGAUAUUGUACAAGCGGAAAUCGCAGCUCCUGCUAAGGUUGUUACCGAUGCACUUCAUCUGGUCUUGCAAAACUAUAUUCCAGGCGAGAAGCAGGUCGAGGGUCUUAUCUUUAGCAACGGACAAGACGAUAAGACACUCCAGCCUAGCGAGAAGCUGUCGCCAGAAAUGGCAAGUUCUUCCACUUCAAGCCCGCUACCCAAGCAUAUCCGCGAACAAUAG